CUUGAUUUUCAUUGUGACUGUUGAUUGUAACUUCCUUUCGAUGAAUUUUUAUCAUUUAUUGAAUCAUUUUCUUUAAAUACAGUUGAUUCUUUGGAUCAUCUUUACAUUUGAUCUUCAUGGCAAAAGUAACAAGUAAUCAAUCAAUCGUCAAGUUGGACUGUGGUCACGAUCAAAGUGAAGUGUUUUAUGUUCACAAAUGUUUGAGGACUUUUUGUGAAAAGUGUAAACGAGAAAAUCGUUUGUGUGUCUUGUGUAAAUCUACACUCGUCGAAACUGAUUACCUCAAAGCCAUUGACAACCCGGACACCGAUAAACAACCAUGUUCCAAAUGUAAAAAAUGUACCAUUCAAUUUGUGGACAAUACAACUAAUGAGCUUUUCUGUGCUUCAUGUAAUCAGAAUAAUAACUCAGUUAAUAUUGUGCCCAUUGAACUAGACAAUAACAACAACGAUACCGACAACACAAGCAUAGCCAAAAGUGUUGAAAUUUAUCGAGUUGAUGUACAAAAAAGGUUGGAUCUAUUGAACAACAAGCUAAAAGAUUAUACGAUUGAGAUAGAAAACGAAAGAUCCGAAUUCAAUAAAGGAAUUGGCCACAUGAGAAGUAAAUUAGAAAGUUACUUGAGUGUCAACAAGUCCAAAACAGACUCUUUGCGAUCGGAAGUAUACAAGGUUAAACAAUUUUCGAAUCAAUUGAAUCGUAAUGAUAAAUUUGGAAUAAUCGAUCUCAUCAAGUCAAAUAAGCUUAACAAUAAACUCGCGGACUCGAAAUUGAAGUUGUGGGUUAAUGAAAUCGUUCAAUCGUAUGUUAUUCCUGAAUUAACCAAAUCGGGUGUAGAUUGGACUAAAGAAUCUGAAAAAGCUUUUCAUGAGUUGAUUCCUGGUCCGCGGAACUGGAAGCUUAAUCACGGUCCUUUUUUUCCUGACAAUUUACUCAAAUUAACUUACGACUUAAUCAAAGAACAACUUUUGCACCAGAAUAUCUGUAGAGCUACGUCUUGUUACUGUGAACAAAACAGUCUCAUGAAAAAAGUUCAAGACCUUAGGACUGAAUAUAAGCUUUCACAAAAUAAUCUGGAUUAUUUUCUCGAUUGCUCAUCAAUCGCUGGUGGUGAUGUAACUCUAAUGAUUGAAACUGGUAAACGAGCUCUUAAUCAGUCUGAUUUUCAUAUCGCACGAGUUUGUUUUGAAGAAGCUCAUCGAAUCAGUCCGACCAAUUGGGUUGUUCUUGACACUUUAAUGGGUCUUUAUUUCGUACUCGAUGAUAAUAAUAAUUGUCUAAAACUUGCAAUCAAAGGAUUAAAGAAAGACGCCAAUUACUUCAAAGCUCUUGUAUUAAUAUCAGAGAUGUUGGAACGUUUUCCAUCCAUAGGAAAGGAAUUACCUGUUGAGUAUUUACACAAUUGGAAUCCUUGUAAAGGUCAUGAUAGAAAGAUAAAACUUUUGGAUGAACUAAAAAGAUGA